AUGUCAGCCCGUUCCUCGUUUGAUGGUUUUAUCACUCGCAGUCUUACGGAAUUGUCUCAGGCCGCAUUCGGUCUUAAUGAAAGCAAGUUACCGCCGUACCUUCAAAGCAGCCCAGCUAAGGAGAAAUUAGAGUUUUUCGUUCAACAGGCUUAUUGUCCUCAUGUUAUCACUCUUGCUACACGAGAGGCGGAUACAUUUCUUCAAUGCAAAGGAUUCCGGGAUUUGGUAGAUUUCUUGAGACCAUUUGGUGACAACAUAGAUGGACGUUUAGAGAACAAAAUUCGUGGAGAGAAGGCCUUUAGGAACCUCAAAUUCUCACUUAGAUUUGUUCCACUUAAUGCCGUACGUUCCCCUCAACAGAUUAUGAAUGACAAACUUGCUCGGAAAUCUUUUGAUACUUCUCCCCCUUCAAAAUAUGCAAACUGCUUGCCUAGUGGUAAUCUGGCAACCCUACAAACGGUCACAGAGCGGUUUGUUGAUUAUUUUUCCGAGAAUGAGUUAGGUGAGGAUGUUGAUCCGUCGUCACCGUUUUAUUACUUUUUCCAACGGCUGCUUUCUGGAAUACCAGUUAGCGCCCAUGAAACAUUUGCACAUCCGGUUGCCUCAUUGCUAGUGGUGACUUCACACAGUGUAAAUCCUUUGGAAGAUUUUAUGCAGUUAUAUAAACAAUUGAACUCAGCAGCAUUUCCCCAUUUCGUAUCUAGAGACUUGGUUCAUUGCUACAUAUACCUGCAUGAUGAUGAGAACUCAGAUUUACAGAAAUCGGUGGAGGCUUUUGAGUUGGUGAGAAGAAGUUUUGGAGCAAAUUGUUACUUCUUGAAGUUCUCUUCUUUAAAAGAUGCUGUUGCGGAUAAUAAAAGUGAUAUUGACCUGCAACAAGAAGUGAACGGAACACAGUGGAAAUCUGCUUCAGAGUUGAUGAUUGAGAUUGAAACCGGAAAUAAUGCCUUUGACGAAGUCCAUCUACUUCCUUUACCCGACAUUUUAGCAAUAAAAAAGGUUGUCUACGAUAUGCUUAACGAAAGUAUUAUUCCAUACAUGCAAAGAUGCGUACACUUAUGGACUGAAAGAUUAUCUGCUUAUCGAGGUUCCUUUACAAGCAAGCUCUUGCUUGUUUCCAGGAAGUACUUUUCUCGUCAAUCAGCUCCAACGGAUUAUGGCCAUUAUGAUCCUACUACUUCUUGUUAUUUUCCUGACAAGCCAGAAGCACAGCUCAGAAGACUGGCAGAUCACCAUUUUAUGCUUAGAGACUACAAAGUUGCCUCUGAAAUUUAUGAAUCCUUAGAGAAAACGUUUUCGGAUGAUAAGGCCUGGUGCUAUUUAGCAUCUUGCCAGGAGAUGCAUGCCGUCUCCAUGCUUAUGCAAACCCAGCUCCUUACACAGAAGAACCGGAGCGUUUAUUUAUACCCCUUACUGGAACAAUCGAUGCAAACUUACAUCGAUCGGUGCCAUAUGCCCUAUUUUGCUAUCAGGGCGCUCGUAACUGUCUGUUCUUUAUUAUCUACACGGCCCGGUUUGUCCGUAGAUGACUCCGUUCGUUGGUUUUCUCGGUUAUUUGAGUUUAAUCUAUUCAGCGCCUUUGGUACAGCAUUUUGGUCUACCUGUAUUGCAACUUUGUACUCAUCUAAAGAUUCGGAAAGUGAGUCUUCUUUUGGUCAACGAAAGCGAAAAACGGCUUUUUGGUACUUGGUAAGUACCAGUUAUUGGCUUUCUUUAAAUCGGCCACGGAUGGCGAACCUUUGUUUGCAAUACGCUUAUGAAGUUUAUGAAACGUCGCAUUGGGAUGAAUUACGGGUAACAAUUAAAAACCUGAAAGAUCAAUUAGAACAUAGUUUAGAGUAA